AUGGCCUGGGGGCCCCUGGCUGUGCUCCUGCUGUCCUGCACAGUGGGCGGCCAGGGACACUGGGAUGGGGCGAUGGAGCCUGCAGGUCCUGGACUUGUGCGUAGGCGUGGCAGCCCAGGCAUCUUGCAGGGGUGCGUGGUGCCCAGGAUGCUGGGAGGCCCCGGGGUGUGGGGGCUGGGCUGGGCUGUCUUUGGGCGGGAGAGGGCGAGGCCCUGGGUACGUCCCAUUGAGCAGGGACUCAGCAGCCUCACCGUGUGCUCCCCAAGGCCACAUGUGUGCGGCUCCCGCUUCCACGCCUACUGCUGCCCUGGCUGGAGGACACUGCCUGGCAGGAACCAGUGUGUCAUGCCCGUCUGCAGGCACGCCUGCGGCGAGGGCUUCUGCUCCCGACCCAACCUGUGCGCCUGUGUGGACGGGAGGCUGGCGCCCAGCUGCGGGGUGAGCCGAGCUGUCUGCGACCAUGGCUGUCAUAAUGGGGGCCGCUGCAUUGGGCCAAACCGCUGCGCCUGUGUGUACGGCUUCAUGGGGCCUCAGUGUGAGAGAGACUACCGGACGGGGCCCUGCUUUGGCCACGUGGGCCCCGAGGGGUGCCAGCACCAGCUGACGGGCCUCGUCUGCACCAAGGCGCUCUGCUGUGCCACCGUGGGCCGCGCCUGGGGCCUCCCGUGUGAGCUCUGCCCGGCACAGCCCCACCCCUGCCGCCGUGGCUUCAUUCCCAAUAUCCGUACGGGGGCCUGCCAAGAUGUGAACGAGUGUCUCAGCGUGCCAGGCCUCUGUUCCGGGGGCGCCUGCACCAACACGGCCGGGAGCUACGUGUGCACCUGUCCCCGUGGUUUCGUCAGCAGCCUGGACGGCACCCGCUGCUGGGUUGAGCCAGGCCCUGAGGGGGCUGGAGGGCACAGGACUGAUGAGUUCCAGCGACUGUGUGCCCAGGGGCCUCCGCCGCUGCCCUCCUACCCUGGCCGCUUCCCUCACCUCCCUGGCUUGGGAUCCAGGGGUGGCGUGGGUCCUGGCCCUGGGCCAGCACAGCAGAACCCUCACAGCCCCAGUGGGCCUGCAGUUCCCAGCCUGGGCUUGGAAGAUGCCAACUUCGGCACUGCCACCCUGAACCAGACCACUGGUGUCUGCCGGCGCUCCACCAACCCGUGUCUCAACGGCCGCUGCCUGCCCACCGGUUCCGGCUUCCGCUGCGAGUGCGACGCGGGCUACGCACAGGACGUCCGGGGGCAGUGCACAGACGUGGACGAGUGCCCCAGCAGCCCCUGCCACCGUGGAGACUGCAUCAACACCCCUGGUUCUUACCACUGCCGCUGCCACGCGGGUUUCCAGGCCACACUCUCCAAACAGGCGUGCAUGGAUGUGGACGAGUGCGUCGUCAGUAGUGGCCUCUGUCACCACGGUCGUUGCGUCAACACAGAGGGCAGCUUCCAGUGUGUCUGCAACGCAGGCUUCCAGCGCAGCCCUGACGGCAAGGCCUGUGUGGAUCAAAACGAGUGUGCCACCACCACCGUGUGCACGAAUGGUGUGUGCCUCAAUGAAGAUGGCAGCUUCACGUGUCUCUGCAAACCUGGCUUCCUGCUGGCGCCCGGUGGCCGCUACUGCAUCGACAUCGACGAGUGUCAGACCCCUGGCAUCUGCGGGAACGGCCACUGCACCAACACUGAGGGCUCCUUCAGCUGUCGCUGCCCGCGCGGGCUGGCGGUGGGCGCCAACGGCAGCGUGUGUGUGGACACCAGCGUGCGCAGCUCAUGCUACGGGGCCCUCAACAAUGGUUCCUGCGCCCGCCCCUUACCUGGCGCCGUGACCAAAUCUGAAUGCUGCUGUGCCAGCCCAGAUCAUGGGUUUGGGGAGCCUUGCCAGCUGUGUCCUGCCAAGGGCUCCGCUGAGUUCCAGACCCUGUGCAGCGGUGGUCUCGGCGUGACGCCCGACGGCAGAGACAUCAAUGAAUGCGCCCUUGACCCUGAUGUCUGUGCCCAUGGCGUGUGUGAGAACCUGCGGGGCAGCUACCGGUGCAUCUGCCACCUGGGCUACGAGGCAAGCGCGACCGGCAGGGAGUGCGCUGACGUGGAUGAGUGUGCCCGCAACAGCCUCCUGUGUGACAACGGGUGGUGCCGGAACAGCCCCGGCAGCUACAGCUGCUCCUGCCCCCAGGGUUUCAGUUUCCAGCCAGACACACAGACUUGCGAAGACGUGUGCGCUCCCAGGGCCCUGCAUGCCAGCGUGCACGCACGGGAGCACAGCAAGACUCAGUGCAAAUGCAUGCACGUGUGCCUGCACCUGUGCGCUCUGCCCAUGUGCACACGCCUCGUCUGUUCACGCACAUCCGAUGCCUCGAGGAGCAGGGGGCCUGGCCAGGUGGGGGCUGUCAUCGCAGACUGCAACGAGGGCCUGGCCAGCCCCUCUGUGGCUGAUGGCGCCAAGGGCACCUGCUGGCUGACUGUCCAGGAUGGCCGCUGCGAGGCGAACCUGCGCGGAGCCGCUCUGCGGUCCGUGUGCUGUGCCACCCUGGGGGCUGCCUGGGGGAGCCCCUGUGAAGGCUGCAAGAUGGACCCCGCCUGUGCCCGUGGCUUUGCCCGCUUGAAGGGGCUCGCCUGCGAAGAUGUGAACGAGUGUGAGGCCUUUCCCGGGGUCUGUCCCAACGGGCGCUGCCGCAACACCGCCGGCUCCUUCCACUGCGAGUGUCCUGAGGGCCUGACACUGGACACCACAGGCCGGCUGUGCGUGGACUUGCGCCUGGAGCCAUGUUUCCUGCGCUGGAACGAGGACCAUGGGGGUGCUUGUGGGGCCCCCCUGCCCGGCAAGCACCGGAUGGACGUCUGCUGCUGCUCUGUGGGGGCUGCUUGGGGGGCCGCGUGUGAGGCGUGCCCCGUGCCUGAGUCCCUGGCAUUCGCUAGCCUAUGCCCCCGGGGGCGGGGAUUUGCCAGCGGAGACUUCCUGUCAGGCCAGCCCUUCUAUAAAGACGUGAACGAGUGCAAAGCCUUCCCUGGCCUCUGUGCCCAUGGCACUUGCCGCAACGCCAUGGGCAGCUUCCACUGCUCCUGCGCGCGGGGCUUCACCCUGGACUCCCAGGAAUGGAACUGCACAGACAUCGACGAGUGCCACAUCUCCCCCGGCCUCUGCGGCCAGGGCGCCUGUGUCAACACCCCCGGCAGCUUCCAGUGCGAGUGUUUCCAUGGCUACGAGAGUGGCUUCAUGCUGAUGAAGAGCUGCAGGGACGUGGACGAGUGCGCGCGGGACCCGCUGCUGUGCCGGGGCGGCACCUGCUCCAACACGGAUGGGAGCUACGCCUGCCAGUGCCCUCCUGGACACGCGCUGACGGCGGAGGGCGCUGCCUGUGAGGAUGUAGACGAGUGCUCCCUGAGCGAUGGCCUGUGUCCCCAUGGCCAGUGCGUCAACAUCAUCGGCACCUUCCAGUGUUCCUGCCAUGCUGGCUUCCAGAGCACACCUGACCACCGGGGCUGCGUGGAUGUCAACGAAUGCCUGGCCAGCAACGGAGGGUGUGCCGUGCACUGCGUUAACACCGAGGGCGGCUACCGGUGCGGCUGUGGACGUGGCUACUCGCUGAUGCCGGAUGGGAGGGCAUGUGCAGACGUGGACGAGUGUGAGGGGAACCUGGACAUCUGUGCCGGCGGCCAGUGCGCCAACUCACCAGGGGGUCACCGCUGUUUGUGCUAUGAUGGCUUCGUGGCCACGCGGGACGUGAGGACAUGUGCUGAUGUGAACGAGUGUGACCUGAACCCCCACAUCUGCCUCCACGGGGACUGUGAGAACACAAAGGGUUCCUUUGUCUGCCGCUGCCAGCUGGGCUACGUCACCAGGGCCGGGGCCACGGGCUGCUCUGACGUGGACGAGUGUGAGCUGGGAGGACACAGCUGUGAUGGCCACGCCUCCUGCCUGAACCUCCUCGGCAGUUUCCGCUGCAGGUGCUGGCCAGGCUGGGUCGGGGACGGCUUCGAAUGCCGCGACCUGGACGAAUGCGCCCUCCAGGAGCACCGGUGUGGCCCGGGCGCUGACUGCCUCAACGCCCCCGGCUCCUACCGCUGUGCCUGCCGCCCGGGCUUCGCCGGGGACGGCCUCUCCUGUGAAGACAGGGACGAGUGCGUGGAGGACGCAGGCCUCUGCGAGGACGGGUGGUGCCUUAACACCCCCGGCAGCUUCCGCUGCGAGUGCAAGGUGGGCUUCCGCCCCACGGAGGACCACCGCGCCUGCCAGGAUGUGGAUGAGUGCGUGCUGGGCAACCUCUGUGUGUUCGGGAGCUGCGAGAACCUGCCCGGAAUGUUCCGCUGCAUCUGCGACGAGGGCUACGAGCUGGACCACGGUGGCGACAGCUGCACAGACGUCAACGAGUGUGCAAACCCGGGGAACUGCAUCAAUGGCCUGUGCGUCAACACCCCCGGCAGCUACCUCUGCAACUGCUCCCAGGAUUUCGAGCUGAACCCCAGCGGAGUAGGCUGUGUGGACACCCGGCUCGGAAACUGUUUUCUUGACACGCUCUGCCGAGGGGACGGUGGCGUCUCCUGCAGUGCCGAGAUCGGGGUUGGCGUCCUCCGCGCGUCCUGCUGCUGCUCGCUGGGCCGAGCCUGGGGCAACCCCUGCGCGCUGUGUCCUGUGGCCAACACCACUGCGUACAGGACCUUAUGCCCGGGUGGCGAGGGCUUCCGGCCCAACCCCGCCACUGUCAUCCUGGAAGAUAUUGACGAGUGCCGGGACCUGCCGGGGCUGUGCCGGGGCGGCGACUGUGUCAACGCAUUCGGCAGCUUUCAGUGCAAGUGCCCGCCUGGCUACCACCUCCAGGAGGUCACCCGUACCUGUGAGGACAUAGAUGAAUGCGCCACCCACUCCAGCAUCUGCAGCCCGGGAACCUGCUACAACACCCUGGGGAACUACACGUGUGUCUGCCCUGCGGGGUACCUGCAAGUAAACAAUGGCAGUGGCUGCUUGGACACAAGGAAGAGCCUCUGCUUCCGACAUCAUAACGGCGCAUGUCAGGAUGAGCUGGCUUUUAAUGUGACUCGGAAGAUAUGCUGCUGCUCCUACAACAUCGGCCAGGCCUGGAACAGGCCCUGCCAGGCCUGCCCUGCCCCUGCCAGCCAUCACACUGUGCAGGUGCAUGGCGGCCUUUACUCCCUCUCUGUGCUGGGCAAAGGGAGGGAGAAGGGGCAGCACCAGAGGUCAGUGGACUACCAGGUCCUGUGCGGAAACCAGGUCCCCGGCUUCGUCACUGACACGCGCACAGGGAAGCCCCUCGACAUCGACGAGUGCCGGGAGAUCCCCACCAUCUGUGCCGGGGGCGUCUGCGUCAACCAGGUCGGGAGCUUCUUCUGCGAGUGCCCCGCAGGCUUCAGCUACAACGGCGUGCUGCUGCUCUGCCAAGAUGUGGACGAGUGUGCCAGUGGGGAGAGCCCCUGCCAGCAGAAAGCCGAAUGCACCAACAUCCCUGGCAGCUACCACUGCAAGUGUGCCCGAGGGUACAAGGCGUCGCCAGGCGGGGCUUGCGUGGGACGCAACGAGUGUCGCGAGAUCCCAGGUGUUUGCAGCCAUGGCAAGUGUGUGGACACAGAGGACAGCUACACGUGCCUGUGUCACCGUGGCUUCCGGACCUCAGCAGACCAGACCCUGUGCAUGGACAUCGACGAGUGUGACCAGCAGCCAUGCGGAAACGGGACCUGCAAGAACAUUGUUGGCUCCUACAACUGCCUCUGCUUCCCUGGCUUUGCAAUGACACAUAAAGGACACUGCACGGACACGGACGAGUGCGUCACCCUGGCAGGGCAGGUGUGCCGAUUUGGCCAGUGCCUCAACACAGCCGGCUCCUUUCACUGCCUCUGUCAGGAUGGAUUUGAGCACACGCCCGAUGGGAAGAACUGUAUGGACAUCAACGAGUGUCUCCGCCUCGCUGGAAUUUGCCUGCCGGGCACGUGCCAGAACCGAGAGGGCUCCUUCCGUUGCAUUUGUCCCCCCGGCUUCCAGGUGCACACCGACCGCUGUGUCGACGUUGACGAGUGCUUGACGGAGCCCACCCUCUGCCUCCCUGGCACUUGUACCAAUAGCCCCGGGAGUUUCCAGUGCCUGUGCCCGCCUGGCUUUGCCCUCUCUGACAAUGGGCACCGUUGCUUUGAUACACGGCAGAGUUUCUGCUUCACCCGUUUCGAGGCUGGAAGGUGCUCGGUGCCUAAAGCUUUCAACACCACCAAGACCCAGUGCUGCUGCAGCCAGAGGCCUGGUGAGGGCUGGAGCGACCCCUGCGAGCUGUGUCCUCAGGAGGGCAGUGCUGCCUUCCGGGAGCUCUGUCCCUUUGGCCACGGAGCAGUCCCAGGCCCGGAUGAGAUGCGGGAAGACGUGAACGAGUGUGCAGAGAACCCCGGCAUCUGUGCCAAUGGCCUUUGUGUCAACACCGAUGGCUCCUUCCGCUGCGAGUGUCCCUUCGGCUAUAGCCUGGACUCCACGGGCAUCAGCUGUGUGGACACAGACGAGUGCUCCACCGCGCACCCAUGUGGGGAAGGCACCUGCACCAACAUCGUUGGAGGCUUUGAAUGUGCCUGUGCUGACGGCUUUGAGCCGGGCCCCAUGAUGACCUGCGAAGACAUCGACGAGUGCGCCUUGAACCCCCUGCUCUGUGCCUUCCGCUGCCACAACACUGAAGGCUCCUAUGUGUGCGCCUGCCCAGCCGGCUACGCCUUGCGACAGGACGGGACCAUGUGCCAAGAUGAGGAUGAGUGUGCAGACGGCCGGCAGGACUGCCACGCCCGGGGCAUGCUGUGCAAGAACCUCAUCGGCACCUUCGCCUGCGUCUGCCCCCCAGGCACGCGGCCCCAGCCCGGCUCUGGGGACGCCUGUGUGGAUGAGGACGAGUGCCAGGCCCGGCCCGGCCUCUGCGCCCACGGCCUCUGCGUCAACACUGCCGGCGGCUUCCGGUGCGACUGUGACGAGGGCUUCCAGCCCAGCCCCGCCCUCACCCAGUGCCACGACAUCCGGCGGGGGCCCUGCUUUUCCGAGGUGCUGCAAGUCACGUGCCAGGCCCUGUCGGGUGGUGGCGAGGUGGUCACCAGGGUCGAGUGCUGCUGCGGGGGCGGCCGCGCCUGGGGGCCCCGCUGUGAGCUCUGCCCCCUGCCCGGCACCUCCACCCACAGGCAGCUGUGCCCUCAUGGUUCAGGCUACACCACCGAGGGUCAAGAUGUGGACGAGUGCCGCGUGCUCUCUCACCUGUGUCUCCACGGCGAGUGCAUCAACAGCCUGGGCUCCUUCCACUGCCACUGCCAGUCCGGGUACGCGCCGGACGCUGCUGCCACAGCCUGCCUGGAUGUGGAUGAGUGCAGCCAGGCCCCCGCACCGUGCGCCUUCCUCUGCAGAAACAUGGAGGGCAGCUUCCUGUGUGCCUGCCCCCGCGGGUACCUGCUGGAGGAGGACGGCAGGACCUGCAGAGACCUGGACGAGUGCGCCUCUCGGCAGCACAACUGCCAGUUCUUCUGCGUCAACACCGUCGGCGCCUUCGUCUGCCGCUGUCCCCCAGGCUUCACCCAGCACCAUCAGGCCUGCUUCGCGCCUGUGGCCCCGGAGAGGCAGGCGGUGCCGGAGGGCCGCGCCCAGCCAAGGGCGGCCCUGUUCCGGCUCCUGCUGACCCACUCAGCCAGCACCCGCUGA